AUGGCUAUCCGGGCCACAUGGGGGAACUUAACAAACACUUCAAUACACAUAGCAUUCCUACUUGGAUAUUCACGGUUAGUUCAAUCAUUUAUUAAGAUGGAAUAUAAUGUGCAUAAGGACCUGAUCCAAGAGGACUUUAUCGACCGAUAUCGAAACAAUACUUUAAAAACGAUCAUGGGAUUUAACUGGGCUGCGUCUUACUGUAGACAAGCAAAGUUCGUGUUAUUUGUAGAUGAUGACUAUUAUGUAAAUAUUCCAAAUCUCAUUAAUCUCAUUGAAAAUAUUAGAAAAUCUAAAAACCAAAAUGUGUUUAUUGGUCACAAUCAGACGCACACAAAGGUUCAGAGAAAUAAAAAUAAUAAAUGGUACGUUUCUACUGAAGAUUAUCCUACAUGUAACACAAAUUGGCCUCCAUUCAUCAGCGGUGGGUCAAUGUUAUUGUCUAUGGACAUGGUAACAAAGUUCGCAAAUACUUUCCCGUACGUGAAAAUGAUAUCUCUUGAUGAUGUCUACCUUGGAAUGGUAGCUAAAAUUUUGAAGAUAAAAUUGACACAUGACGAGAGAUUUUCAAUCCGAUUCGUCCAUUUACUCCAUCAACCCAAAUAA